GUUUGAGAGUUUUAGUUUCUGGUUCAGAUUGUUGGGCUUGGAUUCGUCCCUUCUGUGCCUGGGCUCUGAGGAACAAGGAACUCAAGCAUGGGGAAGGAGUGGGGAUUCCUUGGGAUCCUUGUUCUGUCAUUAUGCUUUCUUGAUAGCAAUGGCCAGACAAAUGUUUGUAAACAGGUGGCUGACAUUGUUUUCCUGGUGGACGGCUCUGCCAGCAUCGGCCUGGACAAUUUCCAACAAAUCCGCGAAUUCCUCUCCUCACUUGUGGAGAAUUUUGAAGUCGCUCCUGAUAAAGUCCGAAUAGGUUUGGUCCAAUACAGUGACACACCGCGUACAGAGUUCUCUCUCAACACUUACCAGAACAAAGAGGAAAUUCUGGACUACAUCCGAAAUCUGCGUUAUAAAACCGGAGGGACGCACACGGGCCAGGGUUUGGAGUUCAUCCUGAAACAGCACUUUAUUGAAGAGGCCGGAAGUCGAGCGCAGCAGAACGUUCCUCAGAUUGCCAUUGUUAUCACAGAUGGCGAUUCUCAAGACGAGGUUGAGUUACAGGCGCAGGAGCUGAGGCAAAGGGGAAUCAAAAUAUUUGCCAUAGGGAUCAAAGACGCUGAUGUGAGAUUGCUCAGGCAGAUUGCGAACGAGCCAUAUGAUCAGUAUGUCUAUAGCGUGUCCGACUUCGCAGCUCUCCAAGGAAUCUCUCAGAGUGUAGUCCGGGAGCUGUGCACUUCUGUUAAGGAUGUCAUCGAGACGUCACGAGGGUGCGUUGACACUGCUCGGGCAGAUAUUGUGCUCCUUGUGGACUCGUCUGGUAGCAUUGGAGACAACGAUUUUGAAGAAGUGAAGAAGUUCCUUCAUGCUUUCGUAGAUGGAUUUAACCUCAGACCUGACCUGGUGAGGUUAGGACUCGCCCAAUUCAGUGACCGACCGUACCAAGAGUUCCUGCUCGGUGACUAUGUAGAUAAGAAAGAUCUACACCAAAAGUUGAACAAUCUCAUUUACCGCAAAGGGGGCACCAAAACAGGUCAGGCGCUGACUUUCAUCCAUGAGAAUUACUUUAGUCUGGCCAGACCGAAUGUUCUUGGCAUUGCCAUAGUCAUCACAGAUGGGGAAUCGAGCGAUGAUGUUGAGGAACCUGCUCAGAGACUAAGAAACACAGGAGUUUCCCUCUUCGUCAUCAGAGUGGGAAAGGGAAACAUGGAAAAACUGCGGGCCAUUGCUAAUAUCCCACAUGAAGAGUUCUUAUUCAGUAUCAACAAUUACCAGGAACUGCAGGGGCUAAAAGAAAGUCUUCGGAGCAAAGUUUGCCUGACUGUGACAGCGCAGUCAGAAGCUUUUCUCCCAAAAUUUGCUGACCUCGUCAUAUUGGUUGACAGUUCAGCAUCAAAACAGGAGCUGUCAAUAAUAAAGAAUUUCCUCCAAAAACUGAUCGGCCAACUGAAUGUGGGAAUAAAUGGCAAUCGUGUCGGCCUUGCUCAGUUCAGCGAAAAUGUCAAAGAAGAGUUUCUGCUAAAUACCCAUCGUACCAGAAGUGAGAUGAGCGCAUCUAUUCGCAACCUGCAGCUGAUUCCUACAGGCGAGCGUAGAAUUGGCCAUGCCAUUGAACAUGCUCGUGCAAAUUUCUUCAGUCGUGAUGCUGGAAGUCGUGCUGCUGAAGGUUAUAAGCAGUUUCUGUUAGUCAUUGCAGCAGGAGAAUCUGCCGAUGGUGUCAUCCAAGCAUCUCGGACAAUCAAAAAAGAUGCGGUGACCGUUUUUGCUGCUGGCUUAAACAGAGCUGAUGCUUAUGAGAUGAAGGACAUCGCUAGUCAGUCACACAACUACAAGUUAGUAGGUAACAUUCCACUUGUGCAGCAAAAAAUCAAAGUUGCCGUUGACACAUGGGAAGAUGUUGCUGUCUCGAAGGACUGCGAGUUUGAUGUGGUGGCAGAUAUUGCUUUUAUUGUUGAUCAGUCCAGCAGUAUCAAAUCAAGAAAUUUCCAACUUGUACGUGACUUUCUUGAGAACACCAUCGGACGUCUUGACGUUGGCAAAGAAAAAAUACAGAUCGCUGUGAUCCUCUAUAGCGACUUCCCUCGCGCUGAUGUGUACCUGAACACCUUCAGUAAUAAAAAUGACAUCCUUCGCUACAUCAACACCCUGCCAUAUGGCCGCGGUAAAACAUACACCGGAGCUGCUCUCAGGUUUGCCAAAGAGCACGUGUUCACCAAAGCACGAGGCAGCAGAAGAGACAAGUAUGUCCAGCAGGUUGCUGUUGUCAUCACUGAUGGAAAGUCCACUGACGAUGCUGCCAGUGCUGCAGCAGAAUUACGCAGGUCUGGAGUGUCCAUAUUUGCACUUGGUAUUAAAGAUACCAAAGAGGACGAUUUGAGAGAGAUUGCAUCCUACCCGCCCAAGAAGUUUGUGCUAAAUGUGGAAAACUUUGAUCAGCUCAAUUCGCUUGCUGGCAUUUUAACCAAAACUCUAUGCAAUGAAAUCAGUGAUGCCAUCAUACCUAAAUUCUCACUCGGUGCUGUUUUAGAAGGUUGUAAACAAACAGCAAAAGCCGACAUAUACUUCCUUCUAGAUGAAUCAGGAAGUAUAUCAUAUUCAGACUUUGAAGACAUGAAGAAAUUCAUCAUGGAAUGCCUUGACGUGUUUCAGAUUGGGAAAGACCAUGUUCGCAUUGGAGUAGUGAAGUUUGCUAGCAGCGCAACCACAGUUUUCCGAUUACACGACUAUAGCACCAAAUCUGAAGUUGAACAGGCAGUGAAAGACCUUGAAAUGUACGGAGGUGGGACCAGAACUGAUCUGGGGCUCAGACAGAUGAUACCGUUGUUUCGAGAAGCUGUUCAAACGCGUGGGGAAAAGGCUCGUGAGCUGCUAAUUGUGAUCACUGAUGGCGAAUCAACCGGGACUGUAGAGCCGGUUGAAGUGCCUGCUAAACAUCUACGAACUGAACAGGAUGUCUCCAUUUAUGCCAUCGGUGUGAAAAAUGCAUCUGUGCCCGAACUUGAAUUGAUAUCUGGCAACCCACAGAGAACAUUUUAUGUCAAAAACUAUGAUUUUCUCAAAGACAUCAAGAAAGACAUCCUCAUAGAAAUAUGUUCCUUUGAAGGUUGUGAAGGCCUCUUGGCAGAUGUUGUCUUCCUAAUCGAUGGGUCUGAUAGUGUUAGCGCUGAAGACUUCGAAAAAAUAAAGGAUAUAAUGGAGUAUGUUAUUGAAAAGUUUGCUAUUGGAUCGGAAAAGGAGCGCGUUGCAGUGGUUCAGUAUGGCACAAACCCAAACGAGGAGUUUUUCCUAAAUGCAUUUGAUAAUAAAGAUAGAUUAUUACAGGAAAUUAGAAAUCUCAAACAGGUGACGGGUAAAACGUACACUGGGAAAGCUCUCACACAAGUUUUGCAGUCCUUUGACAAGUCUAAAGGAGGUCGACCCAAUGCUUUAAAGUUUUUGAUAGCACUUACAGAUGGAGAAAGUAGGGAUGAUGUAGCCCUGCCAGCUAAAGCCCUCAGAGACAAUUCCAUCAACACUUAUGCUAUUGGUCUGAGACAUGCCAACAGAUCUCAGAUUCUUGCCAUUGCUGGAUCCCAUGGAGAAGUGUUUUAUGAAGAUGCAGUUGCUUCCCUGAAAGAAUUAAGCAGUGAAGUACUUCUCAAGAUCUGCAACACCGAAUGCAAGACUCCACAAUUGAUUGACAUCAUCUUCCUUGUGGAUACAUCUGCAAGGCCCAAUAUAGAUGGUUUCCAGGAGAUGAUCAAUUUAAUGACGCAUGUUGUAAGAAAAUCUGUGGUCAGUGAAAAACGGGUACGAUUUGGUGCAAUCACCUACUCCAACAGCCCUCAAUUAGAGUUCACCCUGCAACAGUACAAUAGUCAGGCUGAUGUUAUGAGGGUUAUCUCAAACCUCAGAUCUUCAGGAGGAAACAGAAACACAGCCCGGGCGCUUAACUAUUCACUCUCCUAUUUUGCCGAAACGCAUGGAGGACGGCGGGCAAAGAAUGUACCUCAAGUGCUCUUUCUAAUUACAGAUGGAAAGGUUAAUGAUUUAAAUGGACUGAAAACAUGGCCUCAAUCUCUGGCAGAUUCCCAAGUUAACUUUUUUGCUAUUGGUACUGAAGAUGCAGAUAAGGCACAGCUAAGGGAGAUUGCUGGGGUGAAUGGAAGAGUGCACUAUGCUAGCACUUACCAGGGUCUGCGUGGACUGCAGAAAACCAUCACCCAAGAGCUCUGCAAUCUUACCAAACCAAUUUGUGAGAUGGAAGUAGCAGACCUCGUGUUCCUAAUUGAUGGAUCAGAGUCCAUUAAGCCGCCAAGUUGGGAUAUUCUUAAACAAACCAUGAUUGGCAUUGUGAAAGAGCUGGACAUUGCUAAGGACAAAUGGCGAGUGGGUGUCGCCCAGUUCAGCGACAUACUCCUGCAUCAGUUUUAUCUGAACACGUACACUAAUUUCGCAGAAGUGGAGGAAGCCAUAAACAACAUUAAACAACGAAAGCAGGGCACAAAUACUUGGCAUGCCCUGAAAUUGAUAAAAUACUACUUUACGAAAGCGAAUGGGUCCAGAAUUGAAGGAGGAGUCGCUCAGAAUCUCCUGCUGAUCACAGAUGGAGAAGCUAAUGAUGAAAAAGAUUUGAAUGCAUUAGCUGAUCUCAAAAACAUGAAAAUAGCAAUAACUGUUAUUGGGAUUGGCAAUGAGAUAAAAAAAUCGGAGCUGCGUGAAAUUGCUGGAGACCCUCACCGGGUUCUCAUCGAGACUUUUGAAAGCCUUGAAUUGAAAACAACCAUUAGGAAAGUGCUGCAUUUUCUAUGUGAAUCAAACAGAAGUAUUUCUGAUGGUUGCAAUAUCGACAUUGCGUUUGGGUUUGACGUAACGAGACAAACAAACACACAAUCUCUGUUGAGCCCUCAGGCGGAAGCAUCAGUUACUGCAGCCAUCCGCCGAAUCUCCUUGAUGGGAGAUCUGUGCUGCAGCAAUAGAACAAAUAUCACUAUUAAAUUUGCCUAUCAACUAGUUUCUGGUCGAGAUGGGAGUCAACUGGAGCGUCAUGGCUUUAAGACAUACGAAGAGGAUGUGGUCAAGAAAGUGAUGGCACUGCGGCCCACCGAGCCCCUUGCCUUUAACCAGUUUCUAUUAGACUCCUUCAGAGAAUUGUUUGGCACUUCUGAAGCCAAGGCAAAGAUCUUGAUAGUCUUCUCAGAUGGCUUGGAUGAUAGCAUGUCACGUUUAAUGGCCAGCUCAGAGAAGCUUAAGCAAAGUGGGGUCAGCACUCUCCUCAUUGUGUCUUUGGAGGGAAUAAUGGACGUUCACCAGCUGGAGUUUGGCAGAGGGUUUGGUUACAUGGAGCCACUGACCGUCAACAUGCUGAAUUUAGGCAACGCUCUUAUGAAACAGGUUGAAUCAGUGGCGCUGAAGAAGUGUUGCGAAGUGCCUUGCGAAUGCUCUGGAGCACCUGGAACACGAGGACCCCCUGGACGCCCGGGUCAAAAGGGCUCUCCUGGUCAAAAAGGUCAUCCUGGAUAUCCUGGAGAUGAAGGAAGUAUGGGAGAACGAGGACCACCGGGGUUGAAUGGAACUCGGGGGCAUAACGGCUGUCCUGGAAAUCGAGGAAUCAAGGGCAAUCGAGGCUACACUGGAAACAAAGGUGAAGAUGGCGAGGAUGGGCUAGAUGGAGUGGACGGAGAACAGGGUGAUGUUGGCGUAGACGGCUUUUCAGGAGAGAAAGGAGGCCUAGGCAGAGCUGGUGUGAAGGGUUACAAAGGGAGUCCUGGACCUAAGGGACAGCACGGUGUGAGGGGAGAUCCUGGCGUACCAGGAAUAGACAACAUCAUUCCAGGGCCAAAAGGUGAAUUGGGAGACGCUGGACUCCCGGGUGACCAGGGGCCUUUAGGACUCCCAGGCAGAAAUGGAGAGAACGGUGGACUUGGUACUCCAGGAAGAAAAGGCCCUCCAGGAUUGCCGGGUGAAUCUUUAAAUGAAAAAGGAGAACCUGGCCAUCCAGGGCCUCCUGGUUAUCCUGGACAAGUGGGACCACCAGGACCAAACGGAUCCCUAGGAGAAAAUGGUCAUCCAGGUCUGCCAGGAAUCCCGGGUCCCUUUGGCCCUGCUGGAGCUGAAGGUUCAAAGGGAGGUCGAGGACCCAGUGGGCCAAGGGGUCUACCAGGUGACCCGGGGCCUAAGGGGUCACGUGGACCAGCAGGAUUCAGAGGCCCACAGGGAGAAGAUGGAGGAGAUGGAUAUGGACCUGCUGGAUCAAAGGGACACAAGGGAAACAUUGGGUGCCUUGGCUUUCCAGGUUUGGAGGGCGAGGAUGGGAACAAAGGAUCCAGUGGAAUUAAAGGUCAUAAGGGUUACCAAGGAACACCGGGGAAUGCUGGUCGUCCAGGUAAUCCAGGAAUUAAAGGAGAAAAGGGGUUGGAUGGACACAUGGGUGAAAAGGGAGUCCCUGGAAUCAGUCCAAUGCCUGAAUGUGAUCUGGUUGAAUAUAUACGUAAAAACUGUGCUUGCUGCUCAGGUAAUGGUACCCGGUGUCCUGUUUACCCGACUGACCUGGUGAUAGCACUGGAUUUAUCUGCUGAUGUGUCUUCUGAGGAGUUUGAGCGGAUGCGGUCUGCUGCUCAUUCCUUACUGGAGGACAUUUCCAUCUCCGACACCAAUUGUCCACAGGGAGCUCGAGUGUCUCUGAUGUCCUACAGCAACGAGUCCAAAACCCUCAUCCGAUUCACGGACCACCUUAAGAAGCAAACCCUUCUGGAAGCUUUGAAUACAACUGCAAGAGAGAGAACCACCAAAAAGAGGGACAUGGGGCAAGCCAUGAGCUUUGUCGCUCGUAACAUCUUCAAACGGGUCCGCAAAGGGAUGCUUAUGAGGAAAGUGGCCAUUUUCUUUACAAAUGGACUGUCGGAGAAUGAAUCGAGGCUCGCUACAGCCAUGCUGGAGUUAAAAGCGGCAGACAUCAGCCUCGGAGUGAUCGCUUUAAAUCCUGCUGAUGAUGUGAGACGAGCAAUGCAGGUUGACGACACAGGAAGCUACAUUAUUGUUGAUGGCAGAGGAGUGAAUCGCAUCAAACGCUGCAUUAUUUGUUUUGAUCGUUGCAAGCCAGACCCAGUCUGUGGUAUAACUCUCAAUCCGCAACCCCUGCAGAUGGAUAUGGACUUGUCUUUGCUGCUGGACGGCUCUGAUAACCUUAACUCUCAACAGUAUUUACAUUCAAAAGAGCUUCUGUUGUCUCUGUUGGACCGAAUCGGUGUGAGCAACGAGCCCAGUCGAGCGGACAGAAAAACCAGAGUGUCCGUCUACCAGCAGAGCUCCAUUUAUGGCUCCUCUUACAUCCACGAGGAGUUCGGCUUCACGAAAUUUAAAGAUCGCAACAUCAUGAAGCGCCACAUUAGUAGUAGCUUAAAGCAAGUGGGUGGGACGUCCCAUCCCGAGUUUGCUUUGGAGUGGUUGAUCACUAACGUUAUCCUUAAAGCGGAGAGACCACGAAGCAAGCGAAUGGUUGUGGCUGUUUUCUCAGCAGAGUCUGAGCACAGCAAAGCUCAGCUUGAUUAUUUGUCCCGACUGUGUAAGUGCCAGAAUGUGGUUAUGUUUAUUCUGAUGGCCGGACAGAGGUUCGACUGGAGCCAGAUGCAGAAGCUCAGCAGUUCUCCUCUAAAUCAGCACCUGGUGUUUCUGGAUGAUCAGGAAUAUGCAACACGCUUCCUUUAUGCCUUCCUGCAAAUGUUUCACAGAGGAAUCCUACCCCGCACACUGCCGCAGCCCCGUGACUGUCGUGAUUUUGUGCUCAGGCCUGUUGACUUUGGACAGCAAACCACAGAGAGCCCACCGAGGCCCCCACCCAUUCUGCCCACCAAGGCACCCACCGAAGACCUCAUCACAACAGAAUUUCCUCAGGUGGAAUAUGAAUAUUAUGAAGAGCAAAAUACAGAACCAGAAAAACCAGAAUCCGAUGUUGAGCGUCUUACAGAGGAGCUCAUAGAGAACCACACUGAACCUCCAAAGACUAAAGCAGCGCGAUGUUUCCUAGCGAGAGAACCUGGCCGUUUGUGUGGAACGUACGUGUCCAGAUGGUACUAUAGACAACAGACUAACAAAUGCAUGCGCUUCUGGUAUGGCGGCUGUGAUGGGAAUGAAAACCAAUUCUUGACAGAGGACGAGUGCCUAAGGGAGUGUGGCUCCACAGACCCAUUAGAUGAAAUUUCUUCCACAGAAUCCAAAAAUCUUCCUCAGGAUCCCAACAUUUGCCAGCUUGAGUCUUAUGCAGGAAGUUGCAGCAACUUUACACUGAAAUGGGCCUUCAACAGCCGCAGUGGUCAGUGUGUCCAGUUCUGGUAUGGAGGCUGUGAAGGGAACGACAACCGCUUCAACACUCAGGAGGACUGUGAGAUUCGCUGUCUCAGGGCUAAAAAAGCACCUGCUAACAAAGCUAAGCCUUGAUAUUAAUUCUUGAGGAAUUCAGAAUCCAUUUAUUUACUCUUGGCAGCUUCUGGAUUCUGCAAAUGGCAGCCCUUGAAGUUUUACAAACCGUUGUUUUAUUCAUGUAACAGGACUGAAGAUACAGCAGUUGAUGUAAAAACAUAACUUGAACUGGUAACAUUUUAUAAUAAGGUUCUAUUAAGUAAUGUUAAUGUAUUUACUGACAUGAACAAACAAUGAACAAUACAUUAGUAAAUGUUGAACUAUAAUUAAUAAAUACUGUUGUUCAUCCUUAGUUCAUGUUCGUAUGCAGGAACUACCAUUAGCUAAUGAAAUUUUAUUGUAAAAUGUGACACCUCAACAUUUUAAAUAAAAAAGCCAUCUUUGUUUUAAGGUGAAAUGUAAAUUAUGCAUCAUUAGAGCAUCAGAAAGACAUGCAAAAAUAUUGAUCACUGUCAUUGGUCAGGUAAACACAUAGACCCGCUCCAACAACAGGAACUAGUGCUGCAGGAACCUCACAUUGAUCUUAAAAUAUUUUAGACUUAUGUUUUAAUCUGUUUUUUUUUUCAGUUUCACAGUUGAAUUGAUCGUGUUUUUAAUACACAUUGUCAUCAACAUAACUGUAAAGAGAAAUAAAACCCCAAUAAAAGAAAUGUUGUACACUG